CGGACCCAGAACAAGAUCUUUUGGGCGGCAUUGUGCGAUUCACGCAGUUGAGACUUGGCGGCGCGGCGGUUGUACCACCACGAUGCAGCUAUGGGUGCAUGCUCUGGAAGACGAUGGCGACGGCCACCACCACCACGAUGACAUUGUGUUUCCUGACCAGGACAGUUUCCACUUCUAUGAAGACUCGGUGCUGUCGAGUGCACACCGCAUGUGCCAUCGCACGGCAGCACGACCCGCGAGGCAAGUGCUGACCAUCCCCGAGCUGUUCCGCGCGAUCACGACGUUUCAGCGUGGGUUGGACAUCGAGCUGGCCCCGAUAUGCCGCGCGUGGCGAAAACAGCUCGAGUACUGCCAAGCGCCGUUCCUCCUGCAAGUGCUUAAAUUGAAUAGCGUUGCAAAUCAGCAUCGCUUCAAACGGCUACUACAUCUUCGACCCGACAUGUUCACCAGCGAGGUGAUGGACUUGGUGGCGCGGUCCGGCCAUUUGGAUAUGCUCCAGUACCUCCACGAACAUGGCGUCACAUGUACGACAGACGCAAUGGACUGGGCUGCGGAACAAGGACAUUUAGACGUUGUGAGAUUUCUCCACUUCAACCGCACCGAAGGAUGCACCCGUGCCGCCAUGGACGAUGCAGCCAAGCACGGCCACCUCGACGUCGUCCGGUUUCUCCAUGACCAUCGCACUGAAGGUGCAACGCAGUACGCGAUGGACAGCGCCGCAAUCAACAACCAUUUGGACGUGGUCGAAUUCCUACACAAGAAUCGAUCGGAGGGGUGCUCCAGGUACGGGAUGGACCGUGUUGCACUGGAAGGGCACUUGGAGAUGCUGAAGUUCUUGCACGUACAUCGCCGCGAGGGUUGCACGUCCAAAGCGCUCGACUGGGCGGCCCAACAAGGCCAUCUUGCGAUAGUCAAGUUUCUGCACAACACAAGGACGGAAGGCGCGACGAAGGACGCGUUGUCGUGGGCGGCGGAAAACGGACAUUUGGAAGUGGUGCAAUUCCUCGCCACUCAUCGCCGCGAGGGCCAUCGCAUCGACACGAUCCAGAACGCCGUGCAGAAUGGGCAUGCCGCCGUCGCGAGGUACUUGCGAAAAGUUCGGCAGAAACAAUGCCAGUGCGUCAUUAGUUAGUAUAUUUAUCAAAACGAAUCUCAAUCGAAAAACACCAUUGUGGUGAAGGGGGUCUCCGACAAGAAAAACACCGCAUGGCGUCAGAGGCAUCCGUGAGCCUUUCGCCAUUCUCGAUCCCGCGACGAUACAACUAUCCAUGCGACCGCAGAUGCACAAAGCCCUUGUGUCGGGUCAAUCGCCUGUUGAGCUGCACAAAGGUGUCGGCCUCGCGAUGACUUCACGGGAGAAGGAAUUCCGUGACGAUUAGCGUCUGGUUUGGACUGGUGCAUGCUGAGAUAGCAUGGUGUUUGAGACUGCUGCAACAUGAUGUCUGAACAAAGCAGUUUGUGCAAAUGGUGGAAGGGUCGGUCGUCAUGACAUAGCCAUGCGAGUCCAGUCAGUUCUUAGGAGUUGUUGACGAAUUGGUGCCGGGUCAAGAUUCCGCGCAGCACACUGAAUGGCAGCGUGUACUUAUGCGGCAAUGCAUUGAUCUUGGUCUUGGCAGUGAAAGGGACACAAAUUCCUUGGUAGCAGGGUGUACUGGCAGGAUCAUCGGGGUUCCGGCCCUCGCGUCGACUGUGGAGCGCGCCCAAAGCAGACAGAGUAUUUCAUCGCUUCCAAAAGGACAAACGUUUCGGUGGGCGUGGAGGUAUCGACGCGCUUGACGAGUGUGCUUUUAGAUGGUGUGGCCCGGGUGGCCGAUGCUCCGUGAUCGGUUUCAAUGGAAGGGAUUGUCGUUGACGAAGGCAAGUACGCGGUUCGGAAAUGCGAAGAUUCGUGUCGUCGUCGGAUGAUGGGUCGACGACGGAUGCGGUCGAGAGGGUCAUCAGUGACGUGAAGAAGCACGGAACACACACUUCGACGUCGACGGUGACACGUCGGACGUCGCCUGUGCGCAGACUGACCAAUGCCCCUUGUACUACAGCUGACUCGGAGCAGUCGAUGCACACAACAUGGCCACACAUCGCGCAAUUCACCUUUGGGUUCCAGUGGAAGAACGCCCUGCAUUGGUGGCAUUCAAACGCAAUCGACGGAUCCUGCCAGUGCAGGCGAUGGCUCAAUCGGUCCAUGACGACCGAGUUUGCCUCCUGGACGAGGUGCGUCGAUCGAAUAACCAUCGUACACGUCCGCCGCGCGAGUCACUCUGCGCUGGACACCGUUUGGUCUGCCCGCUUGAGGUGAU